AUGAGAUGCUUCACUUGCCUCCUAUUGGUGAUACCCUUGCAUACAAACGCUGUGAUUGAUAAUUUUGAAGGGAAGUGUGCAACACUACUUCCACCGUGGCUCCGGGCAAGAUACAGGUGGCCCUUGCCCUCCCCAUCUGGACCUUCUGUUGGGAAGAGCUACAUUCUCAAAUACGAGUACCAAGAAUUCUUCGCAAGUCAGCCAGCCUGGUUGGAAGAAUAUUUUGAUCACAAAAAAGAACGAGCAAAAAUUAAGGCGGUGUCACUUGGCGUUGAGUUUGUCGACAUUUAUGAUUUCGCCGAACAGACAGUCACAUCAUACAAAGCUAGAAAACCCUCAACCAGUGGAUGGGACCCACAAACCCAGGAUGAGUGUGGAAUAUACGACAUUAAAACGUUCAGAUCGAAAUAUCUUCACAUGGGGUUUCCAUGUGCUCAAAAACAUGCGGACACCUGCAAAAUGCCCACUGCUGAGCAAGCUCUAAGAUAUGGUGGUUCAUACAAAUAUUCCUUUAAGAAAAGCGUUAUUGAUUUAUCAACUCGAAAUAUCAAAAGCAAACUGUAUACUGCUUGCGUAGAGGAUGAAUUUCUGAAUGGAACCUACGAAUCCUAUUAUUACUGGGGUGGAGAGGAUAUUUCUUUUCCUUUCCCAAGCGGUGGGAAGGAAAUGCCCGUCUAUAUAGAACAGCAUGGAAAAUAUUGGAAUAACACAAAAGAACAUGACUUCCGCACAUCGAAGAAUAUUCCUUGGUACCAAAAAGAUCCCGCAUUCUCAGACGACAUGUUUCAGAUACCGCCUUCUAUGCAUUGUUACAGCUAUACAAAUCUCAAGAAAUUUCCUGCAAUGCCGGACUCGUUUAGUUUCAGUCAAGAAGAAAUUGGCUUUAACUUGAAAUCCACAGGAUUCCUGGAUGGAGGUUUCUCACCCCUAUCCUUCAAACGAAUUUGGUAUUCAGACAACCUCACAUAUGCAAGAGUUGACAUGAAGCCAUCACAAGAAGACAAAGAGGGACCUAUUUUAAAGAACGUCAAGGGAAUAAAUGGACAAGUCUCAGUCGUCCUCGAUUACACCUACGAUUUGGCCUUUCUAGCACAUUCUGCAAACGACGAGUGCCACGUUCUGCCAAUUGACAAUGACUUCUUUCUUUGUAACGGCGAGGCGAAUAAGUGUGAAAAAAUUGACCCGGAGAAGCUUUUCGGAAUGACUGGUAAUUUAUCGUACAAAGGAAAGUAUAGGGAAAGUGGUAUCGAAGGAGAGACUUGGUCCCGGCUAGAGGUUGAGGAAAAAAAUUCAAAAAUAAAAUCAAGACACGAGGUUUCUUUUCAAGUCGCAACACCGGAAGUGGAGUCCAACAGUGCUAGAAAGGAAUUCAUUCCUAUUCGACAGGCGGACUACAGAGAUUCAGUGUUACAAGAGAAAGAUAACCAAGAGUUCAAACAACAAGUCCGUAUCAUAAACUACUACGAGUUCAAUCGCACACAGCCAGAACUAGACGUAUACGUUAAGCACCCCUGCCUUCAGCGCUACAAGUCAAAGUUAUAUACUCUGGAAUUUGACGGACCUGGACUGGCUGAAACCAAUAAGGCACGUUUCCUACCCCAGCUGUGGAAAGCAAUAAAAAACGUUUGCAAACCCGAAACAAUGCUCAGGUUCGAACUUGUUGAUCUGCGAAGUCCUGCGUGGAUAUCGGAAAAAGUAGUGUACAUGAGAAUCCUUGAACCGUUCAAGACUAAUGAAACAGAGACUGAUACAUUUCUCAAAAAUAUAAAAGAACACGUUGACGCUGAAACGUUCGCGGUAUGCUUUAUGGGAUUGACUAAAGUGCUCGAGGAAAAAGAGAUGCAGUGGAUAGCAACGAAUCUUACGUUGGUUAAAGAAAACCCAGAAAUGGUCGGAACCACACCAAGAAACACCAUAAAAAAUCCAAGUAAUAAAAUUGAAAAAUGUCUGUUCUAA